UACUUUUACAGGCUAGCUGUUUCCCAGCAUACAUACUAAAUCCUCCAAGUGGUUCCACAGUGAUAGAUUGUUGUGCUGCGCCAGGAAACAAAACAACACAUCUGGCAGCUAUUAUGGGGAAUAAUGGAACAAUAUAUGCCUUUGACAAGGAUCCAAAGAGGUUGUCAACGCUGAAGACACUUGUAGCAAAGGCUGGGGCUACUUGUGUACAAGCUGGAUGUAGAGACUUCCUGUCUGUUAGUCCGCUAGACAAGAUGUAUGAAAAUGUGGAGUAUAUAUUGGUGGAUCCUUCAUGUAGCGGAUCAGGAAUGGUUAACAGGCAGCAACAGUUUACAGACGAGAAGGAAUCGUGUACCUCGGAGAGGUUGCAACAACUGUCCAAGUUCCAAAUAUCCAUUCUAAAACAUGCACUUAGUUUUCCACAUGUUAAAAAGGUCGUUUAUUCAACGUGUUCCAUUCAUGAUGAAGAAAAUGAAAUGGUUGUUGAAGAAGUUUAUUCACAGUUUUGUGAGAAGUUUGAGAUAGAAAGUGUAAUGCCAGAAUGGAAAUAUAGAGGAAAGAAGAUAUAUAAACAUGGAAGUCAGUGUUUAAGAAUGUCUUACGAAGAUUGCCAAACUAACGGGUUUUUUGUUGCAAGUUUUAUAAAGAGAAGUAAUGAAUUGUUAGAAAAUGAUGUACCGAAAUGUUCUGAUAAAAGGAAGGAAAAAAUCAGCAAAAGUGAAUUUAAUUCUUCAUAUUUAAGAACAGUAACUUUAAGAUUUGGUGAAAAGAAAUUGAAGAAUAAUAGGCAAAAAGUAUAUGUACGAACUAAUGGCUUUUUGGGUAAACAUUCUUAUAUCAAAGAAAAAGACAAAACAAUAAGGGCGACAGCUAGAUGGACUGUGAUGAAGUAAAGCAUUUGAAUCAGUUUCUUAAAUAUAACAUACAUUUGUUGUGUCCCCAAAAAUGUUUUGGAAUGCAAUUAUAUUUUCCCAUGUUUGUACAUGUAUGUUUUCCUUACAUCUGUCCAAAUUUGUGCCAUGAAUAGCUCAAGAAGUAUUUGACCUUAUAUAUUAAGGCAUUGAACAUUAUAAGAUUGUAAUUAAGUAUGCGAAGUUUUGCACCUGUAGUUUUGUUUGUGAUUUCACUCAGUCAGAUCAGAGUUAUGGCCCUUGACAGUAAAAAGUUAUGUAUGAAGUUGCAUCUAGGGUUUUCUUGGGUAUUUCACUCCACAAGACUAGAGGUAUGACACUUGACUUAGACUAAAAUAUGCCUUAAAGGCCUCAAAAUUUAUGUCACAUGUAUCUUAAGAACUGUAUAGAAAUGUUGUUCAGCUUAUAAAGUUGUACGCCUGGAGUUUUAUUUGGGAUUUACGGCCUUCUUUCCCUUUCCUACCUUCCCUUCUAUAUCCAAGACAAGAAAAAAGAUUGUUUUUUUUUACUCUUCCACUUUCUUUUAUCUUGUGUUUGUGGUAUAGAUACCAGACUCCCCCAAUGGCUUUCAACCCCAACCUUAGGUAGUAUGAAAGUUUACUUAAUGCAUACCAGUAGCAUAACCGUUCAGUGAUAGAAAGUAGGGGCACCAGUUUCCUUAAGUGACAUCUAAUUUUCUCAAGUUAUAUGUGAGUUAAAUGCUACUGGAUAAAAUAUGUUUUUUCUUUGUUUAUUGUAAAAUAAUGUAAUGAAUCUGAUAUUUCAACAGGUCAGAUUUCUAGAAAUGAAGGACUAUACACAAUGAAAAUUUGAUUACAUGUAAAUGAAUGAAAUGGAUUGAAUAUACAAUACCAGGAUCAGUGAAGAGUUAGCUCAGUCGGACUGGAUAUCCUAUAUAUAUUAGGACUUUGUGUCAGUUACUCAUUCCACUUAACUAUUGCAUUCUGUUAAUUUCUU